GUUUGGCCGGGCGUCCGCGGGCCGUGGGGGAUGGGAGCGGCGAGCUCCAGCCCUCGGCGGCGGCGGCGGAGGCGGCGGCGGCGGCCGUGAAUGUCGGGCGGGCAUCCGCGUCCGGGACGCGGGAUGGAGCGCCGCGGAGUUCCGUUUUUUUGACUGUUAUAUGAAAGGAUGAUUGCUCACAAACAGAAAAAGACAAAGAAAAAACGUGUCUUGUCAACAGGCCAGCUCUCUACUGAUGUUACAACUUCUGAAAUGGGGCUCAAGUCCAUAAAUUCCAACUCCAUUUUGGAUCCUGAUUACAUCAAGGAGUUGGUGAAUGAUAUCAGGAAGUUCUCCCAUGUGUUACUAUAUUUGAAAGAAGCUAUUCUUUCAGACUGUUUUAAAGAAGUCAUUCAUAUACGUCUGGACGAACUUCUUCGUGUUUUAAAGUCUGUAAUGAAUAAACAUCAGAACCUCAAUUCUGUUGACCUUCAAAAUGCUGCAGAAAUGCUUGCUGCAAAAGUGAAAGCUGUGAACUUCACAGAAGUAAAUGAAGAAAACAAAAAUGAUCUCUUCAGAGAAGUGUUUUCUUCCAUUGAAACCUUGGCCUUUACCUUUGGAAAUAUCCUGACAAACUUCCUCAUGGGAGAUGUAGGCAAUGAUUCAUUAUUGCGACUGCCUGUUUCCCGGGAAAGUAAGUCUUUUGAAAAUGUUUCUGUGGAAUCAGUGGACUCAUCCAGUGAAAAAGGAAGUUUUUCUCCUAUAGAAUUAGACAGCAUGCUGUUAAAGAACACUAACUCUAUAGAAUUGGCUUUGUCAUAUGCUAAAACAUGGUUAAAAUAUACCAAGAACAUAGUUUCAUGGGUUGAAAAGAAGCUGAGCUUGGAAUUGGAGUCCACUAGAAAUAUUGUCAAGUUGGCAGAGGCAACUAGAACUAACAUUGGACUACAGGAGUUUAUGCCACUGCAGUCUUUAUUUACCAAUGCUCUUCUUAAUGAUAUAGAGAGCAGUCACCUUUUACAACAAACAAUUGCAGCUCUCCAAGCCAACAAAUUUGUGCAGCCUCUACUUGGGAGGAAAAAUGAAAUGGAAAAACAAAGGAAAGAAAUAAAAGAACUUUGGAAACAGGAACAAAAUAAAAUGCUUGAAACAGAGACUGCUCUUAAAAAGGCAAAAUUGUUGUGCAUGCAACGUCAAGAUGAAUAUGAAAAAGCAAAAUCUUCCAUGUUUCGUGCAGAAGAGGAGCAUCUGUGCUCAAGUGGUGGAUUAGUAAAAAAUCUCAACAGGCAACUAGAAAAAAAGCGAAGACUGGAAGAAGAGGCUCUUCAAAAAGUAGAAGAAGCAAAUGAACUCUACAAAGUUUGUGUGACAAAUGUUGAAGAAAGACGAAAUGAUCUAGAAAAUACCAAAAGAGAAAUUUUAACACAACUCCGGAAACUCGUUUUCCAGUGUGAUCUUACCCUUAAAGCUGUAACGGUUAACCUCUUCCAGAUGCAACACCUGCAGGCUGCCUCCCUCGCGAACAAUUUACAGUCUCUCUGUGAUGGUGCCAAACUCUAUGACCCAGGCCAGGAGUACAGUGAGUUUGUCAGGGCCACGAAUUCAGCUGAGGAAGAAAAAGUUGAUGGGAAUGUAAAUAAACAGUUAACAAAUACCCCUCACACUCCUGGAUAUGGACCUUCCGACUCUUUAGAAGAUGUUGUGCGCCUUCCUGACAACUCUAAUAAGAUUGAAGAGGACAGAUGCUCUAACAGUGCAGACAUAUCAGGUCCUUCUUUUAUAAGGUCAUGGACAUUUGGGAUGUUUAGUGAUUCUGAGAGCACUGGAGGAAGCAGUGAAUCUAGAUCUCUGGAUUCUGAAUCUAUAAGUCCAGGAGACUUUCACCGAAAACUUCCACGAACUCCAUCCAGUGGAACCAUGUCUUCUGCAGAUGAUCUGGAUGAAAGAGAGCCACCUUCCCCUUCAGAAGCUGGACCCAAUUCCCUCGGAACAUUUAAGAAAACUUUGAUGUCAAAGGCAGCUCUCACUCACAAGUUUCGCAAACUGAGAUCCCCCACAAAGUGCAGGGACUGUGAAGGCAUUGUGGUAUUCCAGGGUGUUGAAUGCGAAGAGUGUCUCCUUGUUUGUCACCGAAAGUGUUUGGAAAAUUUAGUCAUCAUCUGUGGUCAUCAGAAACUUCUGGGGAAAAUACACUUAUUUGGAGCAGAAUUCACACAAGUUGCAAAAAAGGAACCAGAUGGCAUCCCUUUUGUACUCAAAAUAUGUGCCUCAGAGAUUGAAAAUAGAGCCUUGUGUCUACAGGGAAUUUAUCGUGUAUGUGGAAACAAAAUAAAAACUGAAAAACUGUGUCAAGCAUUGGAAAAUGGAAUGCACUUGGUAGACAUUUCAGAAUUUAGUUCACAUGACAUCUGUGAUGUCUUGAAAUUAUACCUUCGACAGCUACCAGAACCAUUUAUUUUAUUCCGAUUGUACAAGGAAUUUAUAGACCUUGCAAUAGAGAUCCAACAUGUAAAUGAAGAACAAGAGAUGAAAAAGGAUAAUCCUGAGGACAAAAAAUGUCCAAGUACGUGCAUAGAAAUAAACCGAAUUCUUCUAAAAAGCAAGGAUCUUCUAAGACAAUUGCCAGCAUCAAAUUUUAACAGCCUUCAUUACCUCAUAGUUCAUCUUAAGCGAGUCGUAGAUCAUGCAGAAGAAAACAAAAUGAACUCCAGAAACUUGGGGGUGAUAUUUGGACCAAGUCUCAUUAGGCCAAGACCCACAGCUGCUCCUAUCACCAUCUCCUCUCUUGCUGACUAUUCAAAUCAAGCGAGGUUGGUGGAGUUCCUCAUUACCUACUCACAGAAGAUCUUCGAUGGGUCCCUACAGCCACAAGAUAUAGCUGUGUGUAGUGCAGGUGGUGGUGCACCUCAGGUUGACCAAGGCUAUCUUCCGAAGCCUCUGUUAUCACCAGAAGAAAGAGAUCCAGAACAUUCUACGAAGUCACUGUUUUUCUCUUCAAAGGAAGAUAUCCAUACUGCAGAUAGUGAAAGCAAAAGUUUUGAAUCCACUGCAUCAUUUGAGGAAUCAGAACGGAAGCAAAAUGCAUUCGAAAAAUGUGAUGCAUGUCUCAUUGACAACAAAGUGCGUUUGCUUGUAGACCAAGAGCUUGAAUCAGCAUCACAAAAGAUGGAAGAUGUUUGUAAAACCUCCAAGCUGCCUACUCUGAAGUCCGAUAGGGAAAUAAAUGGUGUCGAGAGGCAUACUCCAAGGACCAAGAUUAGACCUGUAAGUUUGCCUGUAGACAGACUACUACUUCUUGCAAGCUCUCCUAAUGAGAGAACUGGCAGAAAUAUGGGGAAUGUAAAUUCAAACAAGUUUUGCAAGAAUCCUACCUUUGAAGGAGUUAAUAGAAAAGACACCCCAACUAUUGUUUGUUCCAAAUUUGAUUGCUUUGAUCAGCAACCUCUACAGAAAACUCGGGAGAAACAGUAUGAACAAAAUGACCUGACUGCAAAGACUGCAGUGAUUGUGCCCAGUGCAUUCCAGGAAAGAGAAGUGUCAGUGAGCAUCAGGAGUGGUGGGGACCACCCAGUCAGCACCACCAGUAAGCCAUACACAGAACCCAUCAGGUCAGCCAGACAGGUGUCAGAGAGACGGUCUUCUGACUCCUGCCCUCCUGCUCCUGUCAGAGCACCCAGAACACUGCAGCCCCAGCACUGGACCACGUUUUAUAAACCACCUGCUCCUGCUGCUAGUGGGAGAGGGGAUGAGGAGAAAUCUGUGACAUCCUCCGCAGCUGUGCCCCCUUGCACAACUCACGCUCCCCAGGAGCACGUGCUGAAAUCAGUUCCAGGUUCUGAAAAUGCAUCAGCUGGUCCCGUGCAGCCGGUUAGCAAGCCUAAAGAGAAGGCUGAAGAGCGUGACUUACCUGGUGUACAUCCAGCAUGUCAGAGACCGAGGCUGAAACGAAUGCAGCAGUUUGAAGACCUUGAAGAUGAAAUCCCACAGUUUGUGUAGGGUUGUCAGAAUUCAGUUUUUCUUUUUUUGUUUUGUUGUUUUGUGGUGUUGUAUUUGUUUUCUGGAAGAAAUUUUUGACAGGGCCUCUCUUGUAUAGGAUUGCCAAAUCAUGGAUUUUGUUUUUUGUCAUUGUGUUGUGUUAUCCUGUGUUGGUUGUAUUGAAUGACAGAAUGUUUUGAUAGGGCCCCAUCUGUGCCUCACUGGAAUUAUAUGUAUUUUUGAAGUUGUGAAUAAAUAGAUAGACUCAUGUUUUUUAAAGUUCAGUUGAUUCCCCAUAAUAUGGUCCAUUUAAGUGCAUCCCUAAUAUAUGAUAUAGCUCUCAACUAAUAGGUGCAAUUGAGGAAAUCAGCUUUAUUUUUUUGACGUGAAACUACAUGCUUAUUUAUAAAAGGAAUGUUUCUGAGUGCAAGUGCCUGAAAGAUCUUUGUUUGGUAUGAUUGUUUUUUCACACAAUUUUAUAGUGUAUCUUUGACCAUUUGUGCUUUUAUGGUAUGUGUGUAACCUUGUAUUUUUCAAUUGGCGAGUCACUUAACUUUUUCAUAUUUGCGUAAUGGCCCAAAGGCUUGCAAAUCUGUAUUUAAUUGCAUUUUAAUUAAUUGCCAGAUUUUACACGUGAGAGGCAGUUGAAUUGUACAAAGAAAAUGCACUUAAACAUGUUUCCAAAUUGUAUAGUUCAGUCAUGUCUUAUUUGGUUUUAGCUAUUAUACAUUUAGUAAUUUUCACUUCUCGGCUUUGUUCUGCAUAAACUUUUGUUGUUCAACAGCUCUGAACCUUUUGGUAUUUUAUAUAAUAGUCCAAAACAGUGUUUUAAAAUUCAGUGCCUUUCCUUUUAAUAUUGUCUGGGAUUUUCUUUAAAAAAAAACCCUUUCUUUUGUAUGAAGUGUUUUCACUUAUGAAUAAUUUUAUGUACUUUUUCUACCUGAGUUUAUAACCAUUGACAAUGUAUGUUUCAUCUGAAUCAUACAAAGAUUUAUUUAAGUUGAUUCUAAGUAUAAUUCAAUAAGCCUCAUUGUUUGGAAUUUGAGAGGAGGUAUAGAUGAUUGGAUAUAUUUCAUUUAUAAAAUUCCCAGUUUUUGGAACUAGUAUAGUUCUGUUAUUUUCUUGGUUUUGUCAUUUUGCGUAAAAUAGGAUAUAAAAGGGACAAAAAAAUAAAAUAGCCUCUUUUUAUAUGUGUGAAUUAUAUUUGUAACAAAUGCUUUUGUAUGACCAUGUUAUACUUGAUAAAAAAUAUAUACAUUAACCUGUUAAAUUAUUUCAAGUUCUUGUGGUUUCUCUGAAAUUGUUGCCUCUUAGGGUGUGAGACUUUAAGGUUUAUUAACCAUUGGCUUAGUGGUCAGCACUUGGGGCUCAUAUGUCCCUUGACUACAACAUGGAAUUCAUUUUAUGGGAAGUUGUUCUAUAGUUCUAUAUGACAUUAAGGACUAGGAAGAAAGAAUAACCCAAAUCUUUUUGUACUGGAGCCUUGUUUUUAGUCCUCAUUGUAAAAAAUAUAAAAGAAUUGUAUUGGUAUGAAAACCUAAAAAGAAAAUAAGAGCCAACAUUGAUUGAGCCCCUUCUGCGUGCCAUGAACUCUGCUAAGUUCCACAUAAAUUAUUUCAAGUUUACAGCAUCCUAUAAUGGGUAGGUAAGUACUUUAUUAUUCUUGUGUUAUGGAUAAGGAAACUGACGCUUAGUUAAAUAAUAUGCUCUAGGUUCCACAGGUGUAACAGUUGGAGUCAAAAACACAGGGCUGCCAGAUUCUGAUGGUUGACCAUAAUGUUUCUUUGGGUUUUAAGUAAAAAUAAAAGACAUAUUUUUCAUUUUCACCAAGAACUUUAUUCAACAUGUAUUCACUGUUUUGUUCCACUACCUUCUUCCAUUUUUUAGGCAACUUCAUAAUUACAUCUUCCCAAAACUUUUUAUCUUUUGAGCAAAGAACUGUUCCAGGUGUCUUUUACAGUCUUCCAGGGAAUUGAAAUGUUUUUCCAUUAAGAGAAUUUUGUAAAGACCAAAAUAAAUGGAAAUCCAAAGGUGCAGUGUCUGGUGAAUAAGGCAGAUGAAUCAGAACUUCCCAGCCAAGCUAUAACAGUUUUUGCCUGGUCAUCAUAGAAACAUGCAGUCUUAUGUUAUCCUGAUGAAAGAUAAUGUGUUUUCUGUUGCCUAAUUCCAGAUGCUUUUCGUCGAGUGCUGCUUUCAGUUGGUCUAACUGGGAGCAGUACCUGUUGGAAUUAAUCAUUUGCUUUUCCAGAAGGAGCUCAUGAUAGAGGACUCCCUUCCAAUCCCACCAUAUACACAACAUCACCUUCUUUGGAUGAAGACCGGCCUUUGGUGUGGUUGGUGGUGGUUCAUUUCACUUGCCCCACGAUCUCUUCCAUUCCACACUGUUGUACAGUAUCCACUUUUCAUCUCCCGUCACAAUUUGUUUUAAAAAUUGAAUGUUUUCAUUAUGUUGCAGUAGAGAAUCCCAUGCAGAAAUAUGGUCAAGAAGGUUUUUUCACUUAUGUGGAAAUAGAAAAAGGGAACACUUCCAAACUAAGUCCAUCUACUCAUGAUACCACAAUCUGACGAGGACAUCACAAUACAUAGAAAAGGAACUUGCAAUAUCGAAAAAGGAUAAUGUAUCACUACCAAGUGAGGUUAACUCUCCAUGUAUGCAAAUAUAGUUUAACAUUUGAAAAAUCAACAUAAUUUUCCACCUUAAUUUUUUUAAAGGGAGAAAAAUAUGUAUCUCACAUGCAAAUUGAAGAAAGGAUUUGAUGAAUUUCAAAAUUUACUAUACAAAUUCACAGCAAACUAUGAAUAGAACUUGCCUAAACUGAUAGAAAUACAGUCUAUAGCAGAUAUAUUUAAUGGUAAAAUAUUGAAAGUUUUACCCCUGAGAUAGAAUACCUGGCUCAGAGUUGUUUGAUGUUUUUCAGCUAUAAAAAGGAGUGUGAGCAAAGAGCUGGAAUUUUCUGGAAAUGGGAAUUUUUUAGGAGAGAUGCAGCAAAAAGGGACAGGGUUUGAAGGAGCUCAGGAUACUAGUUUGAGAAAACAUGGACCAUGGGUCCAGACUUGAUUAAAAAGAGAAGAAAGUCAAGUCUGGGAGUAAACAGUAAAAUGGGGAGAAUGGCAAUUUUUACUGAAAAUAAAACUAUUCAAACUUAAUCAGACAGGAUGAAUGUUAUAGUCCAUGUAUUAUUUGAUCAGAUUAAGAAGGACAUCGAAGGCAUUUAAUAUGAUGUGCUCUCACUGUGGUGUGGGUUUAGUGUAUCUGAAAGGCAGAUUAAGUGAGUUGACAAAAGCCUUGGGAUUCAGGGCAUGUGCAUUUGGUUGGUGUGUAAAUUGGUGUAACUUUUCUGAGGUUAAUUACCAAUGUCUGCCCUAUUGAAAUUAUGACAACUCUUUGACACAAUUUCACUUUCAAUUUCACUUCUGUGAAUUUGUCUUGUGGAAAUUCUUGCUGAAAUUUUUAUAAAUGGAACUUCAUAGAAGCAAAGUUUUUUCAAAAAACAGUAUAUUUUGUAGUCAUUUGUUACAUUAAUUUAAAUACACACACACAUAUAUAAUUUUACGAUUUCAUUCAAAGUGUACCUUUAAUCUUUUAAUGUAACUUUAGGGAUAGGGAUUCCUAUAGAGUAGGGAGCAGUUUUUGUCUACUAAGCAGAAAGAAAUAUUCACUAAUUCCUAUGUAACCUUUAAGCUGAGAAUAACUUGUUUUUAAAAAUUAUAUAAUUUCUCUAUUGUCCUGGGAAUGAAUCCAUCUGUCAACCCAUGCUUUUUUAUCAAGUGCCACCCGAGUUUGAUUUUGAUAUAUAAAGUGACAACUCUUCCUUUUCUUUUCUUGUCAGAUGACAGUGUAUACCUACUCAGAGACCAAGAGCUCAAAACAUCAUUCCUGCCUUAAAAUGAAGAAGUCUGAAAAAUCCCUAACCAGCUUCCUCUAAAAUCUGACUAGACCUGUCACGCUGCCUGUAGACAGACUUCUUACAAGUCCUCCCAAUGAGAGAGAGGCAGAAACAGGAAAUGUAAAUUAAGACAAGGUUUGCAAGUGUUCUUCUAUAGAAUAUGGAAUAUCACCAUCUUGCCCAUCAUGGUGAAACUAACCAAGGGGAGUUAAGUAAUUCAGUUGGCUGGAUAUGAACCUAGGCUGGUGGACUUCUAAGCCUGUGGUGAUUCUGCUAUCUCAUGAUAUUGAGUACAUUAUAAGAAAUGUUGAUCAGGACUUCCCUGGUGGCACAGGAGAAUCUGCCUGCCAAUGCAGGGGACACGGGUUCGAUCCCUGGUCCAGGAAGAUCCCACAUGCCGUGGAGCAACUAAGCCCAUGUGCCAUGACUGCUGAGCCUGUGCUCUAGAGCCCUCGAGCCACUACUACUGAGCCCGUAUGCAACAACUACUGAAGCCUGCGCACCUAGAGCCCGUGCUCCGCAACAAGAGAAGCCACCGCAAUGAGAAGCCCGCGCACAGCAACGAAGAGUAGCCCCUGCUCGCUGCAACUAGAGAAAGCCCUCUUGCAGCAACGAAGACCCGACACAGCCAAAAAUAAAAUAUAAAUUAAAAAUAAAAGAAAUGUUGAUCAUAAUAAAACAGCUAGGUGUACUGAGAAUUUAUUAGGUCAGGUACUGUUCUAAGCACUUUGCAUUUCUCUCUCAAAAAACUGUAGUGAGUUCUCUAUUACACAUCUAUGAACUCAGUCACACUUGGCUACUAAUUAAAUGCCCUUCAA